AUGUCACAACGCGGUCACUACAAGAAAUUUUCCCCGGACGGCUUCGAACCUCUUAACCCCAAAACGUCCCCCGAGAUGGCAAACCCUAACGAUGUUACGAUUGAUAUCCCGCUGACCAAGGUCAACACGGCUGGCAGCACUACCGGUGCCCGAAAGCCCGACGCGACUUCUCCGUCAACGACCCAAUACGACGUGGGCUGGAACCCCGAUCAGAUGGAUGAGAAGCAAGGUCACUUUCACAGAGGACCCGGGGGCAGGAGGAGAAGAUUGGCAGAUCAGGCCCGGAGCAACAACGACAAGGAUGACGGCUCGUUGAAUGCCGUGGGCCGAUUCUACAGGAAGGUCUACAACUUUUCGAUUCUUACUCGCUACUUUAUCUAUGUCGCUCCACUUGCUUUGGCGAUUGCCGUCCCCAUCAUAAUCGGUGCCACGGUCGCUCCUAGAGCUCGGAUUGGAGGCGUCAAAAUUGUCUGGUUCUUCACAUGGCUCGAGGUCGUAUGGGUUUCGCUCUGGGUCUCCAAGAUGGUGGCGCAUUACCUGCCGUUUCUCUUCCAAUUCAUCUGCGGAGUGGUCAGCGCAGGCACACGAAAAUAUGCCUUGAUGCUCAGCGCGCUUGAGAUCCCGCUUUCACUGGUUGGCUGGGCAGUCACAUCAUUAGCAACUUUCGUCCCAAUCAUGACUCUCAAUCCCGACCAGAGAUCACGUGGAGAGACCAAGUUGAAGGACUGGGAGAGCAUUGUGAAGAAUAUUCUCUUCGCCUGCGUCUUCUCAACUCUGAUCUUGCUCGGAGAGAAGGUGCUAGUUCAGCUUCUCUCAAUCAGCUACCACCGUAAGCAAUUUGACGACAGGAUCAAAGAUUCCAAACGGAAUGUAUACCUGGUCGGCUUGCUCUAUGAAGCUUCUCGGAAGCUCUUCCCCGAAUACUCUCGAGAGUUUCUUGAAGAAGAUUACUUGAUCAACGAUGUCCUCGAUCUCGGUGAGCGCAGCAACCGAAACAGCAUGUUACCCGGCCACAAGCGAUCUGGCUCCGCCACGCCUAUGAGACUCAUUCAGAACGUUGCUCGAGUUGGCGAUAAGGUCACAGCAGCGUUUGGCAACGUUGCCCAAGAAAUUACCGGCAAGAAGGUUUUCAGCCCCACCGCUUCUCAUUCGAUCGUCGUACAAGCUUUAGAAAAGAAGCACUCUGCUGAAGCCCUUGCUCGACGCCUCUGGAUGUCCUUCGUCCUUGAAGGCAAGGAUGCCUUGACCAUCGAAGAUGUUAUCGAUGUCCUUGGCCAUGAAAGGGAACAAGAGGCUCACGAAGCCUUCGAGGUCCUGGACGUGGAUGGCAAUGGAGACAUUUCGCUGGAAGAGAUGAUUCUUCGGGUAACCGAAUUCGGCCGAGAACGCCAAUCCAUCGCAAGCAGCAUGCACGAUGUCGACCAAGCAAUCAACGUCCUCGACAACCUUCUCUGCACCGUUGUCUUCGUCGCCACCAUCUUCAUCUUCGUUGCCUGGUUGAAUCGCAAUUUCACCACGACUCUCGCGACGGCCGGCACUGCAAUUCUGUCCAUGUCAUUUGUCUUUGCUACCACAGCCCAGGAGGUUCUUGGCUCCUGCAUCUUUCUCUUCGUCAAGCACCCAUUCGACGUUGGCGACAGGGUGGAUAUCACCGACAUACCAUACGUUGUAGAGCGCAUGUCCCUCCUCUACACUGUAUUCCGACGAGUCAAAGACGGCAAGCGCACACAGGUUCCUAACAUUGUACUCAACUCGCUCUGGAUUGACAAUGUGUCACGCAGCAAAGCAAUGCGCGAGAGGAUCCUGCUCUACGUCGACUUUGGUACCACAUUCGAAGACCUGGAUUUGCUCAAGAAAGAAAUGACAACUUUCGUCCGUGAUAAAGACAACGCACGUGACUUCCAGCCAGACAUUGAUAUCGAAGUCACCGGUUUGGCUGAGAUGAACAAGAUGGAGGUGCAGAUUGAAAUCCGACACAAAUCAAACUGGGCAAACGAGGCUAUUCGGGCAGCACGAAGAAGCAAGUUUAUGUGCGCUCUUGUUCUGGCCACACGGAAAGUUCCUAUCUAUGGGCCUGGAGGUGGUGGUCCUCCUGCUGGACACAAGGCAAAUCCGACAUACUCAGUUGCCAUCCCCGAUGAACUUGCGCGGAAGAACAAGGAGAUCUUCGAUGAAGAAGCUGACAAGAAGAGACUGGUGCCGCUUAUGGAGCAGAACAAGACUCGGGUGGAACUUCCCAAAGUUCAAUCAACUGACAACACGAGCACAACAACGGGUGCAGAGGCCAGAGAAGCUUCGGCAGUCGACCACCUUGUUAAGCGCAAGGUGGCCGUCGAUCCCGAGGACAUGCUUGAUCAUGAGCGUGAGCUUCAGGUGAACAAGCAACGUUCCAAUGAUGUCGACAGUGUACGCGACAUCCUCCGGAGGGAGUCGACAGUGGGUCGGCGACGUGCCGCACGAAACAGCGGGCUUCAGAUCCCGGGUGCGGAUGCUAUGGGCGGCUCACGCACAAUCCCCACCAUUGCGGAACCUUCGCCACCACAACCAAUUAAUGCAACUGUAUCUGCCCCCCAAAGAGUCAGCUACUUCGAAGAUACCCCUCAAGCGAUGCCUGUGGCGUCAACAGCACCACAGGGCUGGACCACAGUCACACCUUUAAACUACAGCCAUCCAACAGCCAGUUCUGCGCCUGAGCAGAAUAACCAGUCCACCUCGCCUCAAAUGUCACAAGCGCAGCCCAUUUCAAGCCCAGGACGGUAUGUGCCAGGCAAUGCAUUCUCGCAAAGAGCUUACGCUGCGCCACAAAUACCUCGACAGCCUGUUCCCGGUAUGCCGGAGAUGAAGAAUCACCUGCAAGGACAGAGUCCAUCUCCGCCUCCCAAAUGA